AUGCCGCAGCAAAAAUCCACCGAAGAAUCAACCCGGGUCCGAAUCCCCUCGUUGAAGUUCACGAUCAAGAGCGGCUGCAAAGCUUUGAGCGAAGGGAAAAGACUCUGGAAUUUCGGCAGCACUCGCAAAUUUGGUGUCAAAUUUGUGCGGAUUGACCCGAAGACACGUCCAGGAGAGAUGCACAUGGGAUCCUUUACCCCAGGCGCCGACUACAAAUUCAAGGAAGGCGAUGUGUGCUGGAUUCUUCCCCACUUGCCUUCACCCGUCAAACGUUGUGGGGAAAAGGACACUGACUUUACGCAGAAACUGGUGAGAGAAUUUGGCAACAGUCAAAUUUUCACUGUCGGCAAGUCCAACGCGAUCUGUGUGAAGCCCAAGACACCAGGGACGGAUUUGAAGGGUUUUAUGGCUGAGUUCGAUCUCCAGGAUGAGGACCUAGAGCUGGCCAAGUUGCCUGUGGUGGCCUUUAAGUACACGCGCUACUGUCCUGCCUCCCCUUGCACAGUCCCUUGCGCUGAAAAACUUCUUCUAGAGCUCCUCAAGUUUGAGGAAGACCCUGACAAGCUGGCAAACUUGGGCGAGCUGCUUGCGCUGAAUCUACGGCGCAACUUUUCCAUCAGCCCUGUUGCAGUGGUGAAAUGCCAUUCGAAGGAAUUAUGUGAAGGUCAUAAAGGUGCUCACACUGGCACCAAGAAACAGCAAGAGAACAAUCAGAAGGGCCCAGAAGAAAAGCAGGGGGUAGACUCGCUCUCCAAUUACUUUGAGAAGUAUUUCAAACCUCCCAUGGACAAGUUGAAGAACGACUUGCUUGAGGAGUCUAUGAGGAAACGCGUGAAUCUCAUCGUGCCGGACACUGCUUCCAACUUUGAGGCCACCAGCCAGAUGAUUCAGCGGCUCCGUGCUGCAGGCUACCACAUGCGCUUCGCCGCCGUGUACGGUGAAGAAGCAGAAGUGUUGUGUCGUGGUCGAGCCCGUGCCUCUGAGGAAGGGAAAGAGUUCACUGGAAAGAAUUGGCGAAAAUCUGUCGAGGCCAUCUUGAAACUGCAGGAGUACCUGGACUCCACGGGUUUGGUGAAAGACUGCGGCUCUGUGGAGGUCAUUGACAACUCGGGGUCCAUCAGCAGACCAAUGAGUCUUGUUGAGCUGCGAUCUCGCCUGGAGACGGCUGAGCAUUGACACAUCCUGGGAUGGCCACAAGGUCAGACCCCGGCGGCACCUGCAGAGGCGCAGCGCUUGCGCAGCGCUUGCGCAGCAAGG